AUGGCAAAAUCUCUAGAAAGAUCAUCAAAAGAUCUCAAACCGUCAAUUAAAUCUUCAACAAAUUUUUCUCAAAAAUCUUCAAAAAACUUGAAGGGCCCUCGCCGUCAACCUUACAGUCAUCAGUUGUCAACGGGGGAGCAACACAAAACGACCAAUCAGCUUCCAAAAACCUCCAGUUACCGUCAGUCUUGGAAAAAACAGGGGGGACCAGUCUCCUCGAAGAAACGACAGAUUUUUUCUGACGCAUCGCUCACUGGUUGGAGUGCUUGCUGUGGUACAGAAAAAGCUCAUGGAUUUUGGAAUAAUGAUGAACGUAAAAAUCCAAUUAAUUUUUUGGAAUUGCAGGCUGCAUUUUUCGGCUUAAAAUGUUUCGCUACUUCUUACAUUAGUUCUAAAGAUAAUAUAACUGCUGAUUAUGAAUCUCGACGAUUAGAAUCAGAAACUGAAUACAGCUUAUCUUUACAAGCUUUCACUCAACUUUGUGAAACGUUUGGUUAUCCGGAAAUCGAUCUUUUUGCUAGUCGUAUUAAUACCAAAUGCUACAAAUACGUUUCAUGGAAAAAAGUUCCAGGAUCAAUUGCAAUUGAUGCAUUUACACUAGAUUGGAGCAAAUUUUUCUUUUACGCUUUCCCUCCCUUUGCGUUGAUUCCAAAGGGAACCUCAUCCUCUCAACUCCCAGCUUUCCCUGGUGGGAGGAAUCUUAUCAAGCAAAUGUAUAGCUUGAAAGAAAUUUCCUCUACUACAAGUGAAAUAAGUAUUGCUUCACUUUCGGACUCCAGUUUACGCCAAUAUGAAUCAGCAUUGAAAAAAUGGUGGAAUUUUUGUCAUCUUACGAAUACUUCUGUUUUCACAGCAAAAAUUCCGGAUGUUCUAAGAUUCCUAACAAGCGAAGUGGAUAAAGGAGCAUCUUAUGGAUCUGUCAACUCCCUAAGAUCAGCUGUUGCUUUAAUUUUAGGUCCAGAAUUAAGUGAAAAUCCGGAUGUAAAAAGAUUUUGUAAAGGAGUAUCAAAAAUUCGACCACCUCGUCCUAAAUAUGAUAGUACUUGGAACCCUAAAAUUUUCCUUGAUUUUGUAUCAAAAUGGUUCCCAAAUGAUGACUUAUCUUUACAACAUUUGUCGUAUAAAGUAGUGGUUCUUUUAGCCCUCACUACUGGUCACAGAAUCCAAACUUUAGCUGCCAUCAAUUUAAAUAAUAUAGACCAAUCGGAUGAUCGUAUUGAAAUUAAAAUUACAAGUCAAUUAAAAACGUCAGGACCAAAAUCAACUCAACCAAAUUUGAUCCUUCCUUUUUUUACUGAGGAUACAUCAAUUUGUGUUGCUUCAACUCUUUUAAAUUAUUUAAAACGGACUAAAGAUUUUCGAGGCAGUACAUCAAAUCUAUUUAUUUCUUGGAAAAAACCUCAUAAUGCAGUUUCUACUCAAACUUUAAGUAGAUGGAUCAAAGAAGUCCUUCAUCUAAGUGGAAUAGAUACCUCAAAAUUUACUGCUUACAGCACACGACAUGCUUCAACUUCUUCAGCAAAAAAGAACGGAGUAAACAUAGAUUUAAUUCAAAAAACUGCAGGUUGGACCCAAUCUUCGCAAACUUUUGCAAGAUUUUAUGAUCGUAAGAUCAUAGAAGAUUGUACUAUUUUUGCCAAAACUGUUUUGAGUACAAAAAAAUAA